AUGGUAUUACUUAUUCAUUUCGUCAUUUUUAUGUUAUUCAUAAGAGUUUGUAAUGGUAUUAGAUGUAUUGAUGAAAUUCAAUUACAAUUCUCAUCAUCUGAACUUCAUUUAACUAAAAUUGAAACAAUUUUUAACAGUCUGAAACGUAGUAAUAAUGCCAUGUGUCAAGUAUAUAUGGAAUGGGAUUCUAUUACUCAAAAAUUUAUGAUAAAGUUCGGUCAAUCGAUGACAUUACCACAUCUUCGUUCUGUUGAAAACGUUUAUGUACACAUAUAUACUUCUAUUAUAUCAGUCAAUGCAGAGAAGAAAAUAAAUCAAACAUCGAUUAAGACUAUAGUACAUUUAGUAUGCUAUAGCAAUGAUAAAUGUGAUGAUCAGUUCGUAGUUGAAUAUUUCAAUCGGUUGAUUCAAACAAAUUAUAAAAAUUUGGAAUCGACUAUUCGUCCUUUGAUACUCGUUCAAGGUGACAAAAAAAAUGAAUGUACUAUUGGCAAUGGGGAUGAUAUAAAACCUUGUUAUCAUAAUUCAUGUUCAUGGUAUUAUUCAAUGGAUACAAAGUCUGCUGAAAGUAAAUGUGAAAAUAUAGAUCUGCAAGUAUUACCAUUGCUUAAUCUCACAACUGAAAUAAGAAUGUUUGUCAAGCACAAAGAACAAGAAGAAAGCGAAGAAACUAAAUCUAUUCGAGCAAUCUUCAAACAUCAUUCAUCAAUCAAAUUUUGGUGUGAAUUAAACAAUUGUAAUAAUCAAAAGGUUGGCAAACUUGUUAAAGAAGCUGUAAGUAAACAAUAUGAUUUAUGGACAAUGAACAGGGCUUACAAAACUGACCGGAAACGUAUUAUCAGAUGA